AAACUGGUCACACUGUAGCUGGUUUUUUUAGAGGUUAUGUUUACUGCAUAAUUUUGUCGAGUCAGAUUUUUGAAAUCUAUUUAAGUACAUAAAAGUUACUGAUUCACUAUAACAACAAUAACGCAGUACAACAAAAAUGUUUGUGACUUUGAAAACAUUACAACAACAAAGUUUUCAAAUCGAGAUCGACCCAGAGGAAACUGUCAAAGCCUUGAAGCUAAAAAUCGAGGUUGAGAAGGGUAAAGAUUAUGCGGCUGAUUAUCAAAGACUUAUUUACGCUGGAAAGAUUUUACUCGAUGACAAUAAGAUAAGUACUUAUAAUAUAGAUGAAAAGAAAUUUAUAGUUAUCAUGGUAACUAAACCCAAACCAGCAGACGCUCCGGCUUCUUCGACCUCUGCCCCAGAGUCUGGCGAAAGCGCUUCAACUGAAAGUGGUGAUGUUAAAGAGAAAACUCCUGCUGAAGAAACACCGAAACCCCCAACUGCUACAGAACCAGACCGCGCUGUUGAACCUGCAACUGUUGGUAAUGAACCAGACUUUGAAGCCACAGUUCAAAGCAUAAUGGAUAUGGGUUAUAAUCGACAACAAGUAGAACAAGCUCUUCGUGCUUCAUUCAAUAAUCGAGAAAGGGCAGUAGAAUAUUUAAUAACAGGUAUACCAGAUGAGUUGCUUCAAGAACAAGAUGCCGAAGAAGGUUCAGAUGAGGACCCAUUAGCAUUCCUCCGUGAUCAACCACAGUUUCAACAGAUGCGUGCAGUUAUACAACAGAAUCCUAACUUGCUAAAUGCAGUUUUACAACAAAUUGGGCAAACCAAUCCUGCAUUAUUGCAAGCAAUUAGUCAACACCAGCAAGCAUUUGUGAGAAUGCUAAAUGAGCCUGCCAGUACGCCAGCAUCUGGAGCAGCUGCUGCUACAGAGGAGAGUGCAGCAGUGGACUCUGCACAAGCACAACAACCACACAAUGUCAUUCAAGUCUCCCCCCAAGAUAAAGAAGCCAUUGAAAGGUUAAAAGCUUUGGGAUUUCCAGAACAUAUGGUAAUUCAGGCUUACUUUGCUUGUGAAAAAAAUGAAAAUCUGGCAGCAAAUUUCUUGCUAUCACAAAAUUUUGAUGAUUAAAAUCUUUUUCAUUUAUAGUAAUAAACUUGUUGAAGUGGAGAGACAAAAUUAUAAAUUAAAAAUACAUAAUAAAAAAAUGUAUUUCAUGUUUUACUUAUGUCAAAUAGCCUAAUAGUUGACAGUUUAUAUGUUCAUGUGUAUAUUGUACACUACAUUUCACAAUUUGUCAUGUCUAAUAAAUUUCUUAUUGUUCCAAUGCUUUAUUAAUUUCAUUGUAUAAUUCAGGGUAUGAUCAGUAAAAUUGAAUUGAAAUCUUGUAUACAACUGGUGAAUUACAAUGGUGCUGAUUUAAAUAUUACAAUUAAUUUACAUAAAUUUGUUUGACACAUAAUAUUUAUUCAGGAUUAUCAGAAAACAAUAGAGAGGACUGAUUAUUUACUACAGCAAAAAUU